AGUACAUGUCUGGUUUCAUUUCCGGUGAAAUCUGGUGACGAUUUCAACUUUCAGUUUUCACUUUCUCACAGCUGUCAGAAUGCCGAAAGAAAAUUUGAAAGACAAACUAGAUGGAAACGAAUUAGAUCUUGGUUUGAGCAAUUUGACAACUGUUCCUGUCAAAGAACUGGCAGCCAUACCUAAAGCUACAGUAUUGGAUUUAUCUAACAAUGUCAUCUCAAUAUUACCUGAUCCAUUUUGCACACUUGUACACCUAGUCAAGAUUGAUCUAAGCAAAAAUUUACUAACAGAAUUGCCUGAAAAAUUUGGAAAUCUACGCAAUUUGCAACAUCUUGACCUUCUUGGGAACAAAUUAAAUGUAUUGCCAUUAAGUUUUUGGAGAUUGGAAAAAUUACGAUGGUUGGAUUUAAAAGACAAUCCUUUGAAAGACGAGCUAAAGAGAAAUGCUGGAGACUGCUUGAAUGAGAAUGAAUGCAAAAAAUGUGCACAAAGGAUAUUGAGGUAUAUGAAAGAUCUCAAUUCAGAACUAGAAAGAGUAAAACAGAGAAGGCUUCAGAAAGAAAGAGAAUUAGAAGCGUUACAGAAAGAAAAGGAAGAAAGUGAGAGACAGCAAAUAAGAGAUGAAAGAAAAGCUGAAAAAGAAAGGAAAAAGGAAGCAAGCAGAAAAAAGUAUCAGACUGAAAAAGAGGAAGAUGAGGACACACAGUCAUCAGAAGAAGGUGAAAGACUGGAUAGUGGAAAUAGAAAAAGUGCAAUAAAAGUAAAAACAGCAACUGAUGGCAGACUUUGUACAAAGGUAUUGUUAUCCUUGUUCAUGACAGCUAUAUUUAUUGUUGGAAUGAUAUAUGUAAUAUCAGUGUACUGUGAGCGAGAGAAAAAGGAAAAGUUUUGUCAAGAAUAUGGACACACUAUUGUUCGAGAAACAAAGCAUUUCAUUUGGGAAAUGGAGGAAAGAUUACAGGUCCUUUACCGUUUUAUUCAAAAGAAGUUUAAAUAGUGACCAAUUAAUAUUGUCAUAAUAAUUGUAUUACAAUUUUUUUAUUUUUAAGCAUAUGGUGCAAGGUCAAGCAGAGAGUAUAACAUAAGAAAAUAAUGUUUCUUUUUCUUAAGUUUUUAAUUAUCUUGUGUUGGAAUAUUCAGAAAUAUAUGGUGUCUGCCCCUUUCAAUAUCUAAAUGACAAUCAAUAGAGAAAAAUAAAAAUGGUAAAUUAGGUACUAGCUAAUAAUCAGCAUCUGCUAUAUAUUGAUUAAUUGGCAUACAAAAACAUGACAUUUGUUACAUAAUAAUUCCGAACAAGGUCUAUGUAUAUCACUAAGAUAAUGAAUAAUAAGACGCACAGCGAUUUAUCAUGAUACAUUUACUGGACUGUGAACUUCAAUUGAAAUUUGAUGUAAUUUUUUUCUGUGGUACAUUAUGUUAUAAAUGGAGAUAAUUAAUUUGAAAGCUACAACUUGACAAAAUUUUGUUGUUUUGAUUUAAACAGUUAUUUAGUUUUAAACAACCUGAAAACUCUUGAGGCUUUUACUUCAUGUACUUAAUUAGAAUUAUAAGUAUUAUCAUGUUAUUUGAUAUGUGUAAUUUUGCAUACAUUGUAAGUGUACAAACACAGGGUUGUGUAAAAUUAUACCAAGUUUCAAAAUAGAUGAUUUCAUUUAACAAGCUAAGGAUGUGUUGUAUGUGUAUAUGUUACAUAUUCAGGUCAAUUUCCAAUUUAUAGAAAUUUUUGUUAAUAACACUUUUAGUUGUCAGUAACUGGCAGCUUACUUUUAAUCAUUUAUUUUAGAACCAAUGUACAUGUAUUGUAACUCUACAUUUUCAUUGAUAUUAAAUGAUAUGCAUAAACAGUCAGGGGAAUUAUUGAAAUAAGUGAUUUAUAAAUCACUCAUUUAAGUACUAAAAAGUAGCAAAUUAGAAAUUCUGUGAAUUUGUAGUUUUACCAAAAUUUUAAAAAUACAGGUUUAGAUUAUAUCUUAACAUUAGUUAAAUUGAAAAAAAUGAACUUUUGCUUCUUUAAAGUAGCAAGGUUUAUGCCUUUGGUGCGAUCAUUCAGCUGUAAAUUCUAUAUUUGUUGAAAAAAUGCUAUAAUAAAGGCUUUUUGGAAUGAACUAAUACUGUAAAUUCAGAAAUUAUUGCGUGCAUUUAUUAUUGCGAUUUUGUCAUUUUAGACUAAAAUGUGAUUUUAAUUUUUGCGAUAUUGAGAAAAAUCUUGUUUAAUUCAUAUAAAAAAUUUCAAAAUGCGAGUUUAAAUUAUUGCGAUUAUAACCCUGUCGCAUUUUUCGCAAUAAUAAAAACAUCGCAAUAAUUUCUGAAUUUACAGUACUUUCUUAACAGAUUUUUCCCAACAGUUGGAGUAUUUUUCCUGUAAAAUUUAAGGAUUAUGUAAUAAAAUUUUACUGUUCGCGAUCAAAAUUUCACUGUUGGGGGGGUGUUGAAAUAAGUGGGGUUAAUUGAAAUAAUAAUACUUAAAGAAGUGAUUUUUUGGAAGAACAUGAAGAAAAUAGAGGUAUGAUACUUUAACAAGUGAUUUUCAUGCCAUUAUCUCAGAUUCAGUACAAGGUCAUCACCUGACAUGACCGGUCAUGCUAUAAACACAUGUUGGUUCUGAUAAUUUUAGCAACAUAAUUAGUCCCUGGAUCAUUAGUAUUGUAUAUUUAAAGCUACAAUAAAAUUAAAUCACUUAGUCUAGUGAUUUAUUUGUACUACUUAAAUAGGUGAUUAUUAAAGAAAGACAACUCUUACUUCCAACAUUUCUGGACAAAAUGUUACUUGAAUCAGUGAUUUAUGAUCACUCAUUUAAGUAAUUCCCCUGACUAAUAAAUAUUAUAUAUUAUUUAUAGAUUUUAUGUUUUUGAUUAUCAGCACAUUAAUAUAUUUGAUUUACCUAGCUCACGUUGAGUUGUCAGCAUAUUUUUGCUUUAAGUACCUGUCUUCGUAAGAAUCAUGCAAAAAAAGAAAGAAUGAACAAUUAGAUACUAGUGCCAUACAUAUAUACUUUAUGUUUAUAAGUUUUUCUAAUGUUUUAAAUGAAUAUUAUGUAUUUCAUAUAUGUAAUGGUCCAUUUCCAUUAUUUAUGUAGACAUCACAGAAUUACUUUGUUUUUCAUUUUAAGAUUUUUUGACAAGGGGAAACUUGUUCCACAUGUAGUUAGAGAUACUAACAGACUACCUUAUAUUACUAUAUUGCUUGCUUGACAUAUUAUCAAAUUGAGAGAGAACUUUUUUAGUCACAAUGAUUCCUUCCAAAAUCAGCUAAGUUGUCUUUAAAUUUUAUAUCAACUACAAUCUUCUCCAAGGAAAACUGGUGACAAAUUCAACAAAUACAAUUGAAAAAACAUUACAGAAGACUAUGGUGGAGGGGGUGGACAGCUUUUGAGGGAGGUGGGAGGAGGGGGGGCAUGAGGGGAAGAAGGGUACCCCCUAUCCACCCCCUCAUGGUGAAAUUUGGUUAUUGUAAUACAUUUGUAUUAUUUCUUUUUUUUAUCAUAAAGAUCGGUAUAUAUAUAACUGAAUUUGUUUCUGAACAAAAUUAUUAGGAAGGCCUGAAGUCAACCAAUUCAAUUGGUCCAAUUAUUAUUAAAUGUAUUUAUAUUCCAUGAAAACCCUUCAAAUAUGAUAGGUUGGACAUCAUCUACACAUUAAUUUGAAGUCAUUGAACAUCACAUACAUUUCACCUCAGAAUUGAGACAUAAUAUUAUUUUUGUUUUAAGAUGUUCUUUGAAACCAUAAAUGAAUAUUAUACAGUAAUUAUUAAAUUGAUUAUUAUGUUCA